UCUUUGAGUAACUUCCUGUGAGCCAGUUGUUAAUGAGCUUCUGUUCAGUUUAGGCUUUGAAAGAUUGACACGGUGUUUGUCUUUCGUGUAGAGCAUGAUGUUGCUGUUUUUGAUCAGUGUUUCCUGCUUCUUCUUCUCUGCAAUCCAGAAGACCAAUGGAGAAAACUUCUACUCCGAUGUUCCCAAGCAGGCUGGGAUGAAUAAGCUGUCUCCGGCAGACAACAGGGGCUACAACUUCAGGAAGAAAGACAACAUUUUGCUGUUGAGGAAAAACCUGACAGUAACAGAUGUGAAGGGAGUCUCUGAUUUAAGGGAAGGUGGAACUCUCACCAUCCCACUUUCCCCGGAGUGCACCUCAUGCAAUAUGUUCUAUACCAACAAAUGGGACAAAAAACGCGUGAUAGUGAUGAAGGCAGGGAUCCUGGUUGAAGAUGGGCCAUUUAGAGGGCGAAUUAGGAAGCUGAACCCAGAUGAGAUACAAAUCCUUUCACUGAAACAUCAAGACUCCGGCUGCUUUGAAGUCAUAGAUCAGCAAGGCUUCAUUGUUUUUCUUUUGGACUUCUAUGUUCAAGAAAGCUACACAACUACGAUUUCAUUUGCUUGGAUUUGCAUUCCUGCCAUCCUGAUCCUUGUGGUGAUUUUAUGCAUUUUCGUUUACAAGAGGCUCUGUCGUAAAAACAGAGCAGCUGAGUCUGCUCCUCUAAUUGCUGAGGUUCCACCUAUGUCUCAUACUGCAUAUCAAACUACAGGCCAGUGUCCUCCACCAUAUCCUUCUUUGAAUCCCACCAGGAUUCCAGAAGCAAGAACCGGGUUUGCUGCAGUGCCCGUUGCAGCUCCAGCUCAGCAAUACGCUGCUCCAGUUUGUCCCGGGACUGGUCUUAUUCGCUGAGAUGAAGUUUGACCAAAAAGGAUUGACCUCCCCUUGGGCUGUCCCUCAAAGUUUAGACUCAAAAUUUUUGAUGGCUGUACCGCUGACAAAGUCAACGUCCUUUAAUUUAAGCGCAGCUUAAAUGAAUUUGGUGCUGCAUCUUGUGACCAUUUGGCACAAAGCCUUGCUCGGUCUUAAAUACAUUUUGAUACUUCAAAAAAGUGACUUUAUAUCUCAUAGUCUAAACAUGUUACAAAGUGGGACAUCUUGCCCAUUUAUAUAUAAAUGGAUUCAAAUAUUGGAGACCAAACCAGUCUGAAGAAAAUUACCUGCUUUCUAAAAACAGCAUUGUGCAUUUAAGAUUUUACUCUUGAUAUGAUAUAUUUGUUGGUAUUAUUAACAGUAGUAUUUUGAAAUGCAUACAGAAAACAUUAUAUGGUUAAAGUUACCUUAGUACAUCUUGAAAGUAUUCACAGCCCUUCACUUUUUCCACAUUUUAUGUUACAGCUUUAUUCCAAAAUGGAGCAAAUUCAUUUUUUUUCACUUCAAAAUUUUACUCACAACACCCCAUAAUG